AUUAUACAAGAUGGCGUUUCUCAAUCAACGAUUAGACUCUUGUCGAUGAUUGUUACCAAAGCAACGAAUAAAUAUUAACAAAACAUUGAGAUCCGAUAUGACUGCGAUUGAAAUAUUUUCGAGUUCUAUUUACUAUAAAUAUAGAGCUAGAAUAUAUUCUUUAAGUUCUUUAAUUGUGUUAUUAUUGGUUAUGAUGUCAAUAAUUACUCCGUUCUUUCUAAUGUUUAAUACAGGAGGAUUUUGGAUAAAAACAAAAACUCAUGCAGAAACACCAGACAUAUCUUUCCAAUAUAAAUAUUUAUUACUAAUGGAGAGAGGCAUAGAAAUGGCCCCAAUAGUUUGUUCUACCUUUACUAGCUACAAAGAGAAUAAUAUUUCUGAUGAUUGUUUAAUCAUAAAGGUACAAGAAAUAGAUACAAACAACGAUGGGAAGAAAGAUAUAUUAAAGUUUGAAGCUCAAUUUUAUACAGAUUCACCUAUUAAGAACAUAAGGUUUUUUUUAUUUUUUGAUUUUAAAUUAAAGCAAAUUUUGGAAAGCUCUAUUCAAUCAUUAGCAAUAUUUGAUCAUACAUUACAUCAAGAUGAACAAAAGAUUUAUUUUAUUGCCGAUUUGGAAUUAAAACAGAGAGGUAUUCUUCAUAGCGAUCAUUUAUAUGAGACAUAUAAUCAUAGUAUAGAGUUGUCAGACCGAACAUUGCUGCAAUUGCUAUCUCAAAGUGUUAAUAAAAAGUUUUCAGCUGAAAUUACUAACAGCCAUGUAAUCACUCAAUCGGGAUUUUCAAAGGAAGAUAUGAUUACAAUUCAAGGAGAAUUACAUUACAAAGAUCAUUUAAUAUAUUAUCAACCUAAUUUGUGGGAAGAAUUAAAAUGGGCAUGGAUACAGUAUAUAUCAUGUUUUAUCGUAUUUGUUUAUUUAACUAAUUAUAUUCUAACAUUUUUAUUCUCAAACCGAUAUUUAAAUUCGUACAUUGUAGUGCCGUGGAAAUGACGAACGAUUCGAAAAAGAAACAUUUUUAUAUCUAUCGUGACAAUUCAAGUCAUGUCUACGAGAUCGAAGGAGAAAGUAGUUGCUGCCUUUCGGAAAUUAUUCCGAUCAUCGGAGAAGCUUGCUGAACAGGAAGGUGGAAGUGAUAGCUCGACAAAUUCGCCUUCCAGACGAUUACUUAAUCGUCAUCAUCAUCGACCUGAUGCGGUCACGCCGUCUGAUGGUUCCAUGCCUGAAAAUCCAGGCAGCAGUCAUACCGCACAUGGUAGUUGCUUCUUCAAAACAAAGAAGUCUUCCAGUACUUCCUCUCAGGGUAACAUCCCAGAGAAAGUUAGAUUACGUCGUUUGAUGAAAGAACUCAGUGAGAUUCAAAGAACUCAACAUCGCCGAGAUGCAACUUUUACCGCCGAGCUCAUCAAUGACAAUCUAUUUGAGUGGCACGUGAGACUUCACAAAAUCGAUCCAGAAAGCGAGCUAGCUGCCGACAUGCGGGAACUCGAGAUACCCUAUAUACUUCUUCACGUAGUCUUUCCAGAAAAUUUUCCUUUCGCGCCACCUUUCAUGAGAGUAAUCUCGCCGAGAAUUGAAAAAGGUUUUGUCAUGGAAGGUGGGGCUAUUUGUAUGGAACUUUUAACACCUAGAGGAUGGGCCAGUGCAUACACUAUCGAAGCUGUUAUCACGCAGUUUGCUGCCAGUAUCGUUAAGGGACAGGGACGCGUUGCUAGAAAACCAAAGACCAAUAAAGAAUUCAAUCGGCGAUCCGCUGAAGAAUCUUUUCGAAAUCUCGUUAAAACUCACGAGAAAUAUGGUUGGGUUACGCCUCCGCUUGCAGAAGGCUGAUUUUAAUGAUCUCGAUCGGGUAAUAAUCAUCUCAAUCAUUUAGUCGGUUCUAUUUUCAACGUUCUUACGUUGAGUUUAUUAUAUUUAUCAAAUUGUUCUAUUCAGAUCGUAGUUGUACGAUUAUCGAGUUUUCGAAGAUAUUGGAUAAGAAAUUUUUAUCGAAUGAUAUAAAAGAUCGAAGAAGUUUAGGGAAGGCCGAUUUUUCUUGUUUAUAUUUUUUCUUUUUGUUUUUUUUUUUUCAAUCGAUAGGUUCGAAAUAAUUGAACAAAAUGUGUGAUGCACCAUUAUCUAUAAUUUUUUUGAUAGAGUUUUGUUAUAAACGUGCAUCUUUUGUAAAUAAUUUAAUGAAAGAAUAUCGUGUAUAUUAUAUUGAAUUAUUAUCGUGCUGGAUCAUGAUUUGAGAAAAUCUAGCACUUUUGAUUAUUGUGUUUUUCUUACGAAAAAUACUAUAAUCACACAGUUAUUAUACAUAUUUAUUGGAUAAUAUAUAUUUUCCCACACUAACUUAGAACGAGCGUACGAUGUUCUUCGUAAAAGUCAAAUUAAGAUCACCGUUUUUACAUGUCGAUUUCUCUAUUUAUGUACUAGUCAUAUAGAAUGAUCGUACAAAUAUAUUUAAAAACAGAAGAAAAAAAUAUAUAUAUAUAUCUAUACAUAUAUAAAAAAAGAAACAUUAGAAUAUUUACGUAUGUGUUAUUCGUUGAUACAUCUUUCAAAUGAAA